GGGAGAUGGGCGGGGUGUGGACGGCUCCGCGAUGGUUGCCCGCGGUCUUCGGACUUGGUUUCCCUGACACCGCCCGCGAGCGCGAUCUCCGGGACCGGCCUUGCAGUCAUGUACCCGCCGCCGCCGCCGGCGCCUCACCGGGACUUCAUCUCGGUGACGCUGAGCCUGGGCGAGACUUACGACAACAGCAAGAGCCGGCGGCGGCGCUCGUGCUGGAGGAAAUGGAAGCAACUGUCGAGAUUACAGCGGAAUGUGAUUCUCUUCCUUCUGGCCUUUCUGCUUCUCUGUGGAUUCCUGUCCUAUGUCCAGGUGGCUGACCAAUGGAAAGCCCUGAGUGGUGGAUCUGCAGAAGAGCAGAAGAUGAGACGAGACAUCUCUGUGUUGAAGCCGCCUGUCUUACCAGCUCCUCAGAAAGAAAGUGCCAACCCAGAAGACUUUCCAGAAAUUUUGCCUCAGAAGCCUCGAAGACAUUUCCGGCGGGGCUCCUCCCACUUGCAGAUCAGAGCCCCCAACACAGUAUCUAAGGAUGGGACACAGGAUGAUGCCAAGGAGAGGGAAACAGCCCCAGGGAAUGCUCAGCAGGAAGAAGAAAACACACAGAAGACCGUCAUCAGCUGGCGGGGAGCAGUGAUUGAGCCUGAACAGGGCACUGAACUCCCUUUGAGAAAGGCUGAAGGCUCCACAAAACCACCUUUGCUGGCAGCCAGGAUGUGGAAAGAACCAGAACCCCCAAAUGAGCGCCAGGAGGGGGUGAUCGAGGCCUUUCUCCAUGCUUGGAGGGGUUACCGCAAGUUUGCUUGGGGCCACGAUGAGUUGAAGCCUGUGUCUAAAACCUUCAAUGAGUGGUUUGGCCUGGGCCUCACCCUGAUCGAUGCCUUGGACACCAUGUGGAUUUUGGGUCUGAAGCAAGAAUUUGAGGAGGCCAGAAAGUGGGUGUCAGAGAACUUGCACUUUGAGAAGAAUGUUGAUGUGAACCUGUUUGAGAGUACCAUCCGCAUCCUGGGGGGCCUGCUGAGUACCUACCACCUAUCAGGAGACAGCCUCUUCCUGAGAAAAGCUGAAGAUUUUGGAAAUCGGCUGAUGCCUGCUUUCACCACGCCGUCCAAGAUCCCGUACUCUGACGUGAACAUUGGCACCGGAGUUGCCCACUCACCCCAGUGGACUUCAGACAGCACGGUGGCUGAGGUGACAAGCAUUCAGCUGGAAUUCCGAGAGCUCUCUCGUCUUACAGGAAUUAAGAAAUUCCAG